AUGGUUGCGGGAGGCGACAGCGGCGCCGCCGUGUAUGAUGCGGCUCUCAAGCGUCGCCAGGCCAUGAUGGGCGCGUCCGGUCCCAUGGCCCUGGUCAAGAAUUUCAAAGUGUUCAGGAUCGCCUUGUUCGCGUGCAUCGGCGGUAUCCUGUACGGCUACAACCAGGGAAUGUUCUCGGGCGUCCUAUCUAUGCCCUCAUUCAAGGCACAUAUGGGCGAGUACGAUCCGUUCGACGAUUCGGCCGACCAGACAAAGAAGGGAUGGCUGACCGCCAUUCUCGAGCUCGGCGCCUGGGUCGGCGCGCUGCUGUCGGGCUUCGUCGCCGAAGCCAUCUCUCGCAAAUACGGCAUCCUGGUGGCGGUGACCGUCUUCGUGAUAGGAGUCGUCAUCCAGGCCACCGCCCAGUCGGGAGGACACAACGUGAUCCUCGGAGGCCGCUUCGUCACGGGUAUAGGUGUCGGUUCCCUAGCUACGAUCGUGCCGAUCUACAACUCCGAAGUCGCUCCCCCCGAGAUCAGAGGCGCGCUUGUGGCGCUCCAGCAACUCGCGAUCACCUUUGGGAUCAUGGUAAGCUUCUGGAUCGACUAUGGCACCAACUACAUCGGCGGCACGACCCUUGGCGCCCAGAAGGACGCGUCCUGGCUCGUACCUAUCUGCCUACAGCUCUUUCCCGCCGCCGUCCUAUUCGUCGGCAUGAUCUUCAUGCCCUUUUCUCCAAGGUGGCUCGUACACCAGAACCGCGAGGAUGAGGCGCGCAAGAUCCUAGCUAGCCUCCGUGGCCUCUCGGCCGACCACGAGCUCGUCGAGCUCGAAUUCCUCGAGAUCAAGGCACAGUCCCAGUUCGAGAAACGCACCGUAGCCGAGCACUUCCCCGCCCUGAGCGAACAGACCGCCUGGAAUACCUUCAAGCUCCAGUUCGUUGCCAUAAAAUCGCUCUUUCAGACGAAGGCGAUGCUCAAGCGCGUCGCCGUCGCCUGCAUCACCAUGUUCUUCCAGCAGUGGACUGGUAUUAACGCCGUCCUCUACUACGCGCCCAGCAUCUUCAAGCAGCUCGGCAUGGACGACAACACCACUAGCCUGUUAGCGACCGGCGUCGUCGGCAUCGUCAUGUUCAUCUUCACCGUGCCCGCCGUGCUGUACAUCGACCGCAUUGGUCGGAAACCGGUCCUAACAGUGGGCGCUAUCGGGAUGGCCACCUGCCACAUCAUAAUCGCCGUGAUCGUGGCAAAAAAUGCGAACCAGUGGGCCAGCCAAGCCGCGGCCGGCUGGGCUGCGGUGGUCAUGGUGUGGCUCUUCGUCAUCCACUUCGGAUAUUCCUGGGGCCCUUGCUCGUGGAUCAUCGUGGCCGAGAUCUGGCCGCUAAGCUCUCGUCCUUACGGAACUUCGCUUGGCGCAUCUAGCAAUUGGAUGAAUAAUUUCAUUGUCGGCCAAGUCACACCAAUCAUGCUCACCAAGAUCGGGUACGGGACAUAUAUCCUCUUCGGCCUUCUAACAUUUAUGGGCGCCGCGUUCAUCUGGUUCUUCGUGCCCGAGACUAAGCGAUUAACCUUGGAAGAAAUGGAUGUUAUAUUCGGCUCCGAAGGCACCGCCCAGGCAGAUUUCGAGCGCAUGGCAGAGAUCAACCGAGAGAUCGGACUGACCGCUAUGCUGCAGGGUCUUGGUGGCAAUAGCAGUAAUAAGGAGGUUGAAGAACGGAAGGAGAAGAUCGAAGACAACUAA